CUUCCGUGUUUAUAGGAGGUUAACUAAUGUUCCUUUUACUUGGAAAGGAGAGUUUUUCGGUCGCUUAAAUAAUUGAUAAGGGGUAAAAUAAAGCAGUAACUUAAAUAAGAGAAGACCGCGAGCUGCCAACAGAAUGCAUUUUUCAGUGCUUUUUUUUGCCUCUGUGGCCUCCAUGACCACCUUUGCCCUUGACAAUGGACUGAUGAGGACACCUCCAAUGGGCUGGUUGGCAUGGGAACGAUACCGCUGUGACAUUGACUGCAAAAACGACCCAAAGAACUGCAUCAGUGAGAAUCUAUUUAUUGACAUGGCGGACAGACUCUUUGAGGACGGCUGGAAGGAACUGGGCUACGUCUAUGUGAACAUAGACGACUGCUGGGCUUCAAUGGAGAGAGAUAAAAAUGGACGGCUGCAGCCUGACCCUAAUAGGUUUCCAGGGGGAAUCCAUAGGCUGGCGCGAUACUUGCAUGACAGGGGCCUCAAACUGGGUAUCUAUGGCGACAUGGGCACCCAUACUUGUGGGGGCUACCCGGGGACAACGCUGGAUAAGAUUGAAAUUGAUGCUCAGACAUUUGCAGACUGGGAGGUGGAUAUGUUUAAAUUCGACGGCUGUUAUUCCAACGCUCUUGAGCAGGAGCUGGGAUAUCCCCAAAUGUCAAAGGCUUUGAAUGCAACCGGUCGCCCCAUUGCCUACUCCUGCAGCUGGCCUGCUUACCAGGGUGGACUUCCACCAAAGGUGAAUUACACUCAGCUCGGACAGAUCUGCAACCUUUGGCGUAACUAUGGUGACAUCCAAGACUCAUGGAGCAGUGUGCUGAGCAUCGCUGAUUGGUUCUUUAACAACCAGGAUGUACUGGCCCCAGCAGCCGGACCUGGGAGGUGGAACGACCCUGACAUGCUGGUAAUUGGAGAUUUUGGCCUGAGCAUGGACCAGUCCCGUUCCCAGAUGGCUUUGUGGGCAAUCAUGGCUGCUCCCCUGUUCAUGUCCAACGACCUUCGCACCAUCAGCAGUGGAGCCCGCAGCAUCCUUCAAAACAAAAUGAUCAUCAGCAUCAACCAGGACCCCUUGGGCAUCCAGGGAAGACGUAUUCUCAAGGAGAAGAAUGGGAUUGAGGUGUUCUGGCGCCCCCUGUUGAACAACGCCAGCGCUUUAGUGUUCUUCAGCCGCCGUACUGACAUGCCCUAUCGCUACCAAACUUCCCUAAAAAAACUCAACUUCACCACAGGCAGCUACAAGUUCACUGAUGUCUACACUGGCCAGACUGAUGUCCUCAAGGACUCCACUGAGUUUGUGGUUUCUGUGAACCCAACAGGUGUGGUCAUGUGGUACAUCUCAGCGCCUGGCAAACUACAGUACCACCCAUAUUUCAAAGGGAACAAACUCCAUAAACCGGCCUACGUUGCAGAGGAAAAUGCUUUUCCUCGAGUCUUUCUUUAAACCUUUAUUAUCUGUUAAAGGUUUUAGAGUUUUUUCCUCAGCGUCAUUGUCCACAUUUAGUCUGAUUUGCAUCAACUUCAGCCAUUCGCUAAAAGCGUUUUUGUUUUUGUUUUGGGAACCUCAGAGUGAUUUAGGCUUUAAGUUUUUAUACAAUUUCAGCAAUCAUACUCGCACAGUUUUUUUGGGGGUUGCAGAUACGGUUUGAUUAAAUCGCAAAGAGAUUUUAUUCUCGGCGGUGAUUUUGUAAUCUCACAUAUAAAGCCGUUUAGAACUGACUUCAAAUCAACAUGUUUUGUCUAUUUGUUUUCUAAAUCUAUUCCAAAGAAAUUUUCUUAGACAAAAUGAACUAAAAUUCAAGAAUUGUUGGCACUGUCACAACUACUUUAUAGAUAAAGUAAA